AUGCGCAGGCCGUUGAAGAAAGGCAAGAAGGCGUGCACCGAGUGCCGCCAGCAAAAGGCAAAGUGUGAUGUCUAUCUCAAUCCAGAUCAGCCGUGUACCCGAUGUCGCAGGGUCAAUGCAAACUGUGUCAUCUCCGACCCAUUCAAGCGAGAGCACAAACGCAAACGCAUGUCCCGGCUGGAGCAAGAAUCGGAAGACCUGCGCCGCAAGCUCCGGGCCUCGCAACCAGCAGAUCCGCAUCCAUCACCCAUUGCCCUGCUGACAGCUGCGGCGGAGAUGGGCUCGAGGUCUGAACCAAACAGCGAUUCACUCUCGGGAACUCCUCAUAUACCGCCGCCAUCGUACCCACCGCAACUCCUUGCACCAAACGGUUUUGGGGUAUCACCUUCGGCGCCGGGACCGGGACCGGCAAUGGAGGGAGACACAACCAGGGCCCAAAGCCUGCAUGGCGUUGAGGUCCGGAGUGAUGAAAUUGACGAUUUGUUUCAUCUUUUCUUCCGCCACUAUGCCCAGUUUCUCCCCAUCUUGGAUCCACAGACACGACCCAACACGUACUAUGCACAGUCGCCUUUCCUAUUCUGGUGUGUGAUUGGGGUAUCAUGUCGAGCCUAUCCCCGUAAUCCGACGCUGUUGAUGGCGCUGGCUCGGAGUGUCAUCGAGAUGGCCUUCUUGUCAGCAUUGUCGACAUCGCCGCCUUGGCAUACGAUACAGGGCCUUUUGCUGCUCCUCAACUGGCCAUUUCCAAAAGGGGAACAUCCGGAUGUGACCUUUCCGCUGAGUGGGAUGCUUUUGCAUAUUGCCAUGCAGAAUGGUCUUCACAUCCCAAUGUCCAGCCACGAGUUCUCUCGUGUCAAGAUUCCGGCGCCAUGUGAGGCCGACUUGGUUCGUCGGUCCGAACUGUGGGCACAUACUGUUAUUGUAUAUCAAAGGGUUUGCGUGACCAAGGGCCAGCUACCACGAGCGUUUAACCUCUCACAAGACCCGUCGCAGCGACAAGUCCUGUUCGACAAGAUUGCGCCAUGGAUGGUGCUGAAGCUGCGAUGCCAAGAGCUGAUUGCGAAAUGUAGCGAGGCAGUAUUGGAAAACGGUGUACGCUCAAUGUCGUUAGACCAAGAGCGUGCUCUGGAUAUCCUUCUCCGUACCUACGAGGGCCAGGUAGACGAUUUGGAGUUGCAGGCUGUUACGGAUGAUGAGCGAUUCGACACCGGCCUUUGUCGCAUGGCUAUUCAGAGUUUCCACUUCUUCAAAAUGCAGACGCUCGUCUCCAGUGCCUUUUAUCCGCGCAUACUGGUCACGGCCUGCAGCUUGAUUGACUACGUGCAAUCUCUGACCGAUCGACUUGGCUGCUUGGCGAUGUGCCCCGUCCAGCUUGGCUUUGGGCUUCUUUUGGCUUCAACGUCACUGCUUCGAAUUCUCAAGAGCAGCACGGCUUCCCAUGGCCUUGAGACAGUUCGCGCACGAUCAGCGCUCUUUACCGCGAUCAAUGUAGCCAAGCAAAUGUCUGUUGACAGUGCCGAUCUUGCGGCGAAGACGGUCACCGUUCUCAAUUCUAUCUGGAACAGCAACAAGGCAUUUCGCAAAGCCGACGGGGGCGAGUAUACUGCGUUGCGCAUCCGCAGCCGAUUGGUGCUCAGCCCUAUCCUGGACACGGUGUGGUGGUGGAGAGAUGAAUUUGAUCCACAGUCACGGACCAUGCGAUCCGUCGUCGAGCCCUCCGACGGUAAUGUCUUCAUGACCUCACGUUACCUUGCCGCUGCUGAUGCAAGCACAGGAGCUGGGAUGGACGCCAAUCGUGACCUGGUCGGAGGCACGAUGGCACCCGCCGGCGCUCCGGCACAAAACAACGCAUUCCACCUGGACGAGCAGUUCCUGGCCGACUUUGAAUGGGCUCUGGGCGACGAUGCACUCUUCUCGCUCGACCCACUCCCAGCAAAUUGGACAUCUUCCAACAAUCUCCUCUAG